GGUUUCCAAUUGGACGACCUUCGAUGACUCUUGUGCUCUCCGGAAGAGGACUCCCCUUCUCCGCUUCACUGCACCUCCAUCACUCCCUCCAUUAAUGGCGGAUGCUCACCUGCUACUGCCUUACGUUCUUCUCUUGAGAUCCCUAAUCUCUUUUUUUUUUCCUCUAGUCAUCUCUUGAUUAUCGUAUUCCUAUCUUUAUCUCUCAGACCCUACUAAAGCACCAUCGCCCUUAAAUUAGGGUUUUCAUUGAUCUCAUUCUGGGUUUUUUUUCUCGGUCUUUUGUUAUUUUCUUGAUCGUUGAAACCCUUGAAGGGCAUCACUUCGAAUUAGGGUUUUAUUCGAUCUUGUUGGGCCCCGAAAGCCCUAGUUUUUCCCUUUUUUUUUUUCCUUGAAGGGAUUGGUCCGCAUGGAGACUGCCGCUGUUCGCAGCGGGUCCAUUCCUGCUACAUCUUCUUCUUCUUCUUCUUCUUCCCUGCCUGUGAGGAGGGAAUGGCGUGCCAUCUCCGAGCACGCCUAUCGGAACAAUGCCAAUGAGGAGGUGGAGCAUUCCAAAUUUGGGCAAACUGGUGAGAGAACGAUAUAUGAGUUGCAGGAGGCGGUGGGAUCACUGAAUGUCGACUUUUGUGCGGUCACAAUCAAUGGUGGGAAUGAUGUUGUACUUCGGAAGCAGCUUCUUGAUGUAUGUAGAAGGCGAGAAGAGCUGCAGCAGAUGGAGAUCCAGCUGAGGGCUCAGACUAUUGUCCAGGCAGAGAUUAUGGAGGUUCGGAACAGUUAUGAAGCACAGUUGAAGGAGCACUCCAAUGCGACCAUGAAGCUGAAGGAGCAAUUGCAAGAAAGAGAACAACAUAUCCGUGAAUUGGAGUUGAAGGUGGAGGAGAAAGAUAGGGAGUUACAUGCUGUGAACAAUGAAGCGGCUUGGGCAAAAGAGGACUUUCUCAGGGAGCAAAAUGAGAAGUUGGCCACUUUCAGAAGGGAACGUGAUAAUUCAGAAGCUGAGAAAGCUCAACAUAUGAAACAAAUCCAUGAUUUGCAAGAACACAUUAAAGAAAAAGAGAGUCAUUUCCUUGCUUUGGAGGAGCAGCAUAGGGUUGCACAGGAUGCUAUCCUUUACAAGGAUGAACAGUUAAGAGAGGCACAAGCCUGGAUUGCACGCUUGCAGGAAAUGGGUGCUUUGCAAUCAUCAUCAUUUCAAGCUGAGCUACGAGAACGUACUGAUCAGUUCCAUCAAUACUACAUGGGCUUUCAACGCCAGGUUAUGGAGAUGGAGAGGCAUCAUGUGCAAACCAUACAACAGCUUCAAUUAGAAGUAGCUGAGGCAAGAGAAAGAAAUUGUGUGCAUUCAAAUAGUUCACAAGCACCAAAUGGAAGCGCCAUGGACUCUUCAUUAUAUGAUAAAAGCCAAGGGAAUGAAAACAAUCCAGUUGAUAGUGUCACAUUAAAUGGUACCUUGAAGUUCAUGCCUAAUGGGAAGUUGAAUGGCACAGCUUCUGUUGUUUCAUUGUCCAAUACAUCAUCAGAGGUUGAACGUGUACCUGGCAUGCCUGUAGUUCCAUCAUCCAUUGUUGGGGUGGAUGAACUUCCAAGCAGUAGACAUGUUGACCAUUGUUUCCCUUCCAGCCAGGUGAAGUCAUUGUCUUCUUUUAUUAUGCAUCUGCAAGGUGUCCCACAAUCUUUAUCUUCAACCAAUUCAUUUAUUUCUCCAUUUGAGUUGCACCAACAUUGGCAAAACCAUCGGGUCCUUCCAGAUGAUGCGCAUUCAACUGUUGACAAUGAGCAUCAAACAUCCAAAGCAGAUCAGAAUAGUUUAGAAUCAGGUGUUCAUUAUAAGUAUGAACUCCCUGUUGACAAAAAGGAAGUUUGUGAAGAUCAACUUAACAACCAUAUUAAUCUACAGCUGACAUCUGGUGCCAAAAGCAAUGAGCCCAUUGCGGAAGUUCAGUUAGUUAAAUCGAUUGAAAAGAAUCCAUAUCACAUGUCUCAUGAAGCCGAGGAGAGCUUAAGCACAAACUCCCAGUUUCGUGGUACUUAUGGAUUUGAUCCUCCACAACCGAAUAAUGAACUAGAGGUAGUUGAAUCAGAUGAGAGGUCAUAUCAAACAUCCCCAGUACAACAUGAAAACUUAACCACAAACUCUAAGUUUCAUGGUACACAUGGAUUUGAUGCUCCACAACAGAAAAAUGAGCUUAAGGUACAUCAUGAAACAAACUCACCUUCAAUCAUACUUCAAAAGGGGCCAGCUUUUAAUCUGAGUCAACAAUGGUCUGGUGCUACUAUGCCCGUAGCUUCUACCCAAAUCAACUCAGUAAUUUCCAGCAAUAUUGCAAAAUGCAAUGGGAAUUCUUCACUGGCGUCAAGCCCAUUGGCUGUUGGCAAGGCCAUAGAGCUUACUCUUUUAGAUGAAAGGUCACUUUUGGCUUGUAUAGUUCGUGCUAUUCCGGCUGGAUCUGGCAAUGGAAUCAGGAUUAGCUCCACAUUACCAAAUAGACUUGGGAAAAUGCUUGCCCCUCUUCAUUGGCACGAUUACAAGAAAAAGUAUGGCAAGCUCGAUGAUUUUGUAACUCAGCAUCCUGAAUUGUUUAUAAUUGAGGGUGAUUUCAUUCAUCUUCGUGAAGGAGCCCAAGAGAAAAUAUCAGCAACCGCAGCUGCUGCGAAAGUUGCUGCAGCUGCUGCUUCGUGUGCUCCUUAUUCCUCAUUACUGCCUUCUGUUGCUGUUACUCCUGUUGCACAGACAACUCGACUUAAAAAGGCACAACUGAGUGAUUCCAAACCGCUAAUUAGUGUUCAACCCACAGAAGGUACUGAUAUUCCAAACCAUGGUGAUCCUCCAGGUGGCAUAAAUGCACAGAUUCCUAAAUUGCAUAGUCAGCAAGUGAAUGGUUUUAACUUUAACCCUCAGCAAGCAAGAUCUGAUAUGAAGAUUUUAAGCAAAACAAGUUUAACAAAUGAUAUCCACGAAAUUCAUGGUUCAUCAGAAAUGAGACCUGAUCAUUUACCAAACCCAGUUGCAGGAAAUGGAGUGAAUCUUAAUAGGACUUCGUUACCUCCUUCACAGAACAAAGUAUCAAGCAAUGGAAGGCACGCCAGUGGAGGGAGAAGGCCUGUUGGAGUUGGGUUUAUGUCCCGGAGAUAAUUUGAUGAUUUUCAGGGAUGGGUUGAAAGUCUAAAAACAUCAACAAUCGGCGUCUAAUUGGGGGGAAGAUCUGAGUGAUGGCAUUGACGUGUGGCCAAGUUGUAAUCAUGGUGACCAUUGCUUUCCAGUAUUUUCCAUCUAAUUCAUGUUGUGGUGCCUUUUUUAUCUGUUUGUUUGUUAAUUGCAUUCGGAAACUGGAGUUUUCAAUGGAAGGAAAAUGAAUUGGAGGGUUUGCGUCA